AUGAUCGGCGAGAUUUUGGUGGUCGACCCGACCCGGUCGCCUGUGCCAGACACUGUAACCCAGCUGUUCGAUCCUUCACAAACGAGAUUCACUACAUUCCCCAAUGUCACCUCACUAUGUAUUUACUUAUCGACAUACGCAAGCUACACGUUCACAAAGGGGCCAGAAGGGCUCGAGCGCAUUCCGAACGUGGACGAGGCCGAGCUCGACCACUUUGUGGGGCUCCUCAUCAACACAGACAAACACAGCGAUGGCAGCGAGCUAGAUAGACUCUCUUUCGCCCGACAACAGAAAUUGCUCAGCUACCGAUUCCACCAUUUGAACCUCGUGGUGGAGUGCCUGUCCCUGAGCGAUGCGCAUGUGGGGGUAAAACUAUGUGAGCAUUUUGUCCCCACAUUACACAAGAUCCACAACUUGAUCAGGACACGAUUGCUAAGGGUGCAAACGUGGGUCGGACUGACCGACUACGACAAGAUACCACAGCUAAACACCAUGCCCACCAUGUUGCAGACCACCUUGGACAUACCGACGGGGAUGGAGUAUAUAACACUCUUGAGCUCCGAUAUCCGGUAUAUCGAGCUGCUGCAGAUCCCACACGACGAUGCAUACUACAAAAAUAAAAUCGCCAAUUGGGAGUUCCACGCGUUCGAGCUCACUAGCGACGAGCUGUUGUACUGCGGCUAUCUCAUGAUUUUGCAUGUUCUCAAGGACUAUAAGGCAGAUUUCCAGACACCCGAGUUCCAUAACCGCGUGCUGCUCUUCUUCUUUUACGUUCGAGACUACUAUAGACUGGGCAACCCAUUCCAUAACUUCCGCCACGCAAUUGACGUGAUGCAGGCCACAAACUAUUUUCUGGAGACCAUUGUGGAGUCCGCGUACGAGUUCCAGUUCGACACCCACGAGAAAUUAGCGUUGUUGCUCGCCGCUGUUGGGCACGACAUUGGGCACCCGGGCACCACAAACGCGUUUCUAGCGACGUACGAAACGCCGAUUGCCAAGAUAUUCAACAAUGAGUCGACAUUGGAGAAAUACCAUUUGGCCCAGUACCUCAACAUCAUGAAAUGCUUCUUUGUCAAGGACGACCGAUGCGUGGAGAUUGCCAGAUGGUCGAUUCUGGCGACCGACAUGGCCCAGCAUGACACGUACGUGGGGGAGAUGGACCGGAUAGCGGAGUAUAAAGAGCGGCCCGAGAAGCUGAAGCUGAUGUGCGCAAUCAUCCUCAAGAGCGCAGACAUCUCGAACGUUUGCCGGCCCAUAGGCGAAGGGGUCAAGUGGGGGUUGAGUCUGGGCAACGAGUUUGCCGAAAUCGCGCAGCUGGAGAGCGUUCUCAAAGGCGAGGGCUCUGUCGAGCAGUCUCCCGUGCCGCAGGUGUCGCUCGCCAAAAUCACGCCCGACGAGGCUGUGCGGAUGGAGCCGAAGCUGGGGGCGUCACAGAUGUUCUUCAUCAACCGCUUUGCGCUCGACUUCUUCACGAAAGUGGUGCAGAUCAUCCCCCCACUCUCGUGCCUGUCUCGCGAGCUCCACAAAAAUAUCGAUUUUUGGCAGGUGACCGGACGUACAGGAAACUGA